AUGACCGCGUGUGCAGUGGCCCCCACCUGUCCCGUUGCUGCCUCAGGUGGCCAGAGGCCCGUGAGGUCUCGGGAGGCGGGGCCAGGCUCCGGAGCAAGGGCCAUGCCACCCGUGCAGCGUGCUGGGCGGCACUCGAAGGAGUCCUGGCGGGGAGGGGGCAGGAACCCCCAAAAGGCUGCGCCCCAGGAGUGCAGCGCCACCGUGCUGGGCCAGCUCGGACAGUGGCUGUGGGGGCCCAGGCUGACUCGGACGCAGGCCCCCGUCUCAGAGCUCCUGCCGGGGGCCUGGGCUCUGGCUGACGGCGCCAGCAGGAGGCCCUGGCGGACCAGCCCCUUGCGGCUGCAGGUUCCUCUGUUCCCCGCGGAGGGGCAGGGGCCGCUCUCCCCUGGUCCUGGCUCCCCUGUCGUGCGCACGGCCCGGGUGGUCUCCCCUCUCGGACACACGGAGGAGGACCUGCGCGGAGCUGAGGCUGCAGCUGGCGGGAAGCCACCGUGGAGCGCCCGUGUCCCCGCGCCCACGCCCCGGCAGAACGUGCCCCCGGAGUCCUCUCGGGGCCCGAAGAAGGGGGCCUGUGACUCGCGAGCGCUGUUUCCAGGGGACUUCUCCUCCUUGGCCCCCCUGCAGGCGGGGCGAUGGGGUGCCCGGAGAUCUGGACGCUCGGGGCCUGCCGGGGUCCCAGCCGCCAGUGGGAGGACGCUGGGCACCUGGCUCAAGGGCGAGCCCCUCCCUUACCACCACCACCACCCCCCCCCCGGAAUCCGAGACCCCGACCACGUGCAGGACCCCAGCUGGGCCAUGUCCAGGGCCUCGUCGAGCCGGGUGCGGCCUGCGGGCCCGUCUCUGCCCCGGGGGCCUGGCCCAGACCCUCUCUGCCCGCCAGCACCCCCACCCCCGCCGGCAUCUGCCCAGCCGUGCCGCCUCCCAGACACAGCAGCCUUUGUCUGCGAGGGAUGUGGCGGCAGGAAUGUCACCAUCUCCGCGGCCAGCUCAGCAGCGGCCUUCCCGCCCGCUGCCCACGCUGCCCACGGCCACCCCGGCCCUGUGGUCACUUUCCAGGCCUCUGUAGCGGCCUCCGAUCUCCCUCUGGCCGGGGCGGCCAGGGCGUCGGGGGAUGACUCAGAAGUGGGACUCGGCCCCAACCACCGGGUCUUCGUGGUGACGCAUGUCCGAGGUCCCGAGGCCUCGGACACCAGGCCAGACCCUGAGGACGCCGGUGGCAGGCAGGAGGCCCAGGUCUUGCGGCCCACACUUCGCCCCCGGCACGCGGCCCGGGAGGGGGCUGCCGGCGCGGCAGAGAGGCCGUCCGAGCCGCAGUGUCUCCCCGGCGCCCUGGCUGCCACGAAAGCUGCCCCGGCCGCAGGCGGCUGCAGCGGCGGGGACUGUGCAGAGCUCGCUGAGGGGGGCCUGGGGGGCACCCCGGAAAUCUGCGUGAGCCCAGGCCCCCAGGCCCAGGCCCAGGCCAUGCUGCCGGAGCCGAGGCAGGGCCGCCUCUCCACGCCGCCUCCUGUGCCGGCCGUCCCCGGAGCCACGGACGGGACGCGGGGGCGGCACCAAGCCCCGGGCCUCGGGGAGGAGCUGGCCCGCGCCGCCCUGCCUCCCGAGAAGACCCGGGAGCUGCUGCCCGAAGAGGGCGGUUCGCACGAGAAGCGACAUGCCGGCCGAUCCCGGACCGAUGGCCCCGGCCUCGACGACCCCCGCGCGGGCCACUCACCCGCGCCUGUGCAACCGGAUCCCGGGGUCUGCGCCUCCGCCGCGCACAGUCGCGCAUCCCGGGCAGCGCCGGCCCGCGUCCUCGCCUCGCUGAGAAAGUUCCUGGCGGCUCCGGGCGGGCGCUGCUCGCGCGCGCACUCGGGCCGCCGGCCCCGGCCCACAAUGCGGAGGGAGGCGCGUCCUGAACAAAGUGCGUCCCCUGGGCCGGGGCCGGGGCGGAGCCUGGUGACCCGCUGCCCCCGGCGCGCGCCGCUGCCGCUCCGCCGCGGGACCGCCCCGCCGGCCUCCCGCGCGGUGCCAGCUGGACCCGCCGAGGGGCGGAAGCCCGGGUCCCUCCAGACUUGGUCACUGGGAAGCCAUCCCCUGGCCCUUUCCGCUUGGGCCUUCCCGCCCCGCCUCCCGGCCUCGGAAAGGCGGCUGCUCGGUGACGGGCUGGGGCCCGGGCUGGCGGGGCGGAAGCCUGCGCACAAUGGAGCCCUUCCUGUGCCCGGACCCGCGGCGCUCCGCCGCGCUGCGCUCCCGGGACGCGGGGACGGACGAGCCGCGGGCCUGGCCGAGGCGCCUGGCUCCGCCCCCUCCCCCCCACCCCCGCCCCGAGUCCCACUCUGA